GCCAACUAACGACACCUUGCAAAUAACCGAACUAAUUCUUGUGGCAAAAAGCCACCAAAACGGUGCCGUGUACACCUCGCCUUCCUCAUUAGACUUCCAUGAACCCCAGUCCCUUGUAGCUGAUAUUCAGUAGAAAAGAAUAUAGCACAAAAUGGUGCUUAACCCCUACAAUUUCUUGCCCCAGAAGUUUCAGUUCUAAGAUACCCAAUUUUAUUUUAGUCCCUUUACUUCUCAUAUUUUGUCAAGUUAGUGCUAAUACAAAAAUGCAAGUGUCCAGGUUUCUCUUGAAUUCAAUUAAGAAUCGCUCUAUAAAGACCCUGAAUCCGUAUAAAAGGUUUAUCACACAUAAGCGCUUCCAUUCAGCCAGCUGCAUGAGAUCUGCUAGAAAGACUAAUGAUCAGCCUUUAUUAACUGGACCAUCCCCAACACCAAAAUCGUGGAACCCUUAUAUAUCACCUGGAGCUCUUUUGGGAGGAUUUGGUGGACUGAUCCUUUUUCUUCAUUAUAAUGAUGAAAGGAGAGCAAUUCCAAAAGGUCAAGGCGAGAAAUUUGAAAGAAGUGCAAUCCAAGGGCCAAUAAUUGGAGGCCCCUUCAGUUUAAUUGACAUAGAAGGUCGUGUGGUAACGGAGCGCAACUUGCGUGGAAACUGGGUUCUUCUCUACUUUGGUUAUACUUCAUCUCCUGAUGUUGGUCCAGCAGAAGUCCAGAAGAUGGCUAAGGCUAUUGAUAUUCUAGGGUCAAAACAGGAUCUUAAAAUUCUCCCAGUAUUUGUCACAAUUGAUCCUCAACGCGAUACGCCUUCACAACUUCGAGCUUAUCUUAAAGAGUUUGACCCAAGAAUAAUGGGAUUAACUGGACCAGUUACUGCUGUUAGACAGAUGGCACAAGAAUACCGAGUGUACUUUAAGAAGGUUGAUGAAGAAGGAGAUGAUUAUCUGGUGGAAUCUUCUCACAACAUGUAUUUGGUGAAUCCAAAAAUGGAAGUAGUUAGAUGCUUCGGCGUGGAAUACAGUGGGGAGGAACUGGCGAAUGCAAUUGUCAAGGAGCUCAAGAAAGCCGAAACGUAGUGAUACUCCGGGUGAAUUUGGCAGAUUAAGUCAAUCUUGCUUCGGUUAGAUGCAUGUCGUUUCGGAGCAGCCAGACGUUCAAUUUUGGUCCAUCAUCCUGGACUUUUAUCUGAGUUUGCUGAGGUGGGCUAAUUGUCUGUCAACAAUUUAGUAGUUUAGAAAUAGUUUUGAACAGAAAUUUCCCUGACGCUGAGAUGUCAGAUGCUGGGAAAAAACUAGCAAUCUCUUCGGAUAAAGCAAAUUGGUUCUGAUACAUUUUCUCCGAGAGAUUGGUAAUUCUUCUAUUAUCCUCUCCGUGCCCUUUCAAAAUGAAUUGGUAAUACUUGUUCCCACCUCUUCCUGUUUUGGGCCUAAUGAAUUUUGACUUGGUCGAUGGGUAAUGCAAAGUAGGUUGGUGGUUGGUUGCAUAGUGGCCUAGCAAAAGUUUCCUUCUAUAAUAAAUUGAGAGCAGACACAUUCAAGUUUGAAAACAUUUACUGAUGAGGACUUUGAUGUUGCACCAGCGGUAACUUCUUGAAUGGUUUUGGGCAUAAAUUUCAGCCCCGUUGUUGACAAAAUAGCUGAUGUUUUACACCGGUCUGUUGGCUUAGGAGAACAAAAAGGGAAGUGGUCAAGGAAAUUCAGGCGGUGAUGAAAACAUGCAGACAAUUUGGGAAAUAAAAUAAGCUUUUAAAUCAGAAUGAAUUGAUGGAUGUGAUCGAAGUUUGAUUUUUGAGUUUCUAUCUCCUACUGUAUAUCUUUCUCACGGAAUGGCUUGGAUAUGCCAUAAUAAAUAUGUCCCCAAGAGAAA